UGACUGGGCGGAUCGGAGCAGCCGCCGCGGCCCAGUAGCAGCGGAGCCGGGCCCGUCGCGGGGCAGGCGAGACGCGCGGCGGGAGCUCCGCGCUAGCAGCACCAUGGCCACCAAGGCUCGGGUGAUGUAUGACUUUGCUGCUGAACCUGGAAACAAUGAGCUGACAGUUAACGAAGGGGAGAUCAUCAUAAUUACCAAUCCGGACAUAGGUGGAGGUUGGUUGGAAGGAAAAAACAGCAAAGGAGAGAGAGGACUUGUUCCAACAGAUUAUGUUGAAAUUCUAACUGAAAGUGGAUUUUCUUGUGGCAAUUCAGUAGCUGACCAAGCCUUUUUUGAUUCCCUCUCCUCAAGUACAGCUCAGAUCAACUCAGCUGCUAAAAACAACCAGGUCAACAGUGCCCAUGACCCCUGGUCAAAUUGGAAAUCUGGAAAUGCGGACAAUGCAAAUUCUGGUGAUGCCUGGGCAACCAAACCUGAAAGUGCAGUGGGGCAGAAAAACACCACUUCGAACAACUGGGAGGGAGCAGCACAAUUUGGGCACCCUCAGGCCUACCAAGGUCCAGCGGCUGCUGAUGACGACGAUUGGGAUGAUGACUGGGAUGAUCCAAAAUCAGCGGCACCAUCUUACCUUGGCUAUAAGGAGAGUGAGUCUUCUGAGGCCGGGGGCCCACAGCGUGGAAAUUCUCGUGCAGCUGCCAUGAAAUUGCCACUUAACAAAUUCCCUGGAUUUGCAAAACCUGGAAUGGAACAGUAUCUGUUGGCAAAGCAGCUAGUAAAACCCAAAGAGAAAAUUCCCAUAAUUGUUGGAGAUUAUGGUCCUAUGUGGGUUUAUCCUACCUCUACAUUUGACUGUGUGGUGGCAGAUCCCAAAAAAGGUUCCAAAAUGUAUGGCUUGAAGAGCUACAUUGAAUAUCAGCUAACGUGUACUAACACUAAUCGAUCUGUCAACCACAGAUAUAAACACUUUGAUUGGCUAUAUGAGCGUCUCCUGGUUAAAUUUGGAUUUGCUAUUCCAAUCCCAUCUCUUCCGGACAAGCAAGUCACAGGGCGCUUUGAAGAAGAAUUUAUCAAAAUGCGCAUGGAGAGGCUGCAGGGUUGGAUGACCAGGAUGUGUCGUCAUCCGGUUGUUUCAGAAAGUGAAGUUUUUCAGCAGUUCCUCAAUUUCCGGGAUGAGAAGGAAUGGAAAACUGGGAAGAGGAAGGCAGAAAAAGAUGAGAUUGUGGGAGUAAUGAUCUUUUCUACUAUGGAACCCGAAGCGCCUGACUUGGACAUGAUAGAAAUAGAACAGAAAUGUGAUGCAGUAGGCAGAUUCACCAAAUCCAUGGAUGAUGGAGUUAAAGAGUUGUUGACAGUGGGACAAGAACACUGGAAGCGUUGUACAGGACCAUUACCCAAGGAAUAUCAGAAGAUAGGAAAAGCCUUACAGAGUCUGGCACUGGUUUUCAGCACCAGUGGUUACCAAGGAGAAUCUGAUCUCAAUGAAGCAAUAACAGAAGCAGGAAAAACAUAUGAAGAAAUUGCUAGUCUCGUGGCAGAACAGCCAAGGAAAGAUCUCCAUUUUCUGAUGGAAACUAAUCACGAAUACAAGGGAUUUCUCGGUUGCUUCCCUGACAUUAUAGGAGCUCACAAGGGAGCAAUAGAAAAAGUGAAGGAAAGCGAUAAAUUAGUUGCAACCAGUAAAAUAACACCACAGGAUAAGCAGAACAUGGUGAAGCGUGUAAGCACCAUGGCUUAUGCAUUACAAGCGGAGAUGAAUCAUUUCCACAGUAACCGGAUUUAUGACUACAAUAACGUGAUCCGCCUGUACCUGGAACAGCAGGCACAGUUUUAUGAAACGAUUGCACAAAAGCUGAGGCAGGCACUUGGCCGCUUUCCAGUGAUGUAGAAAUAAACUGGGAUGGAUAAUGAAGAACAACUCCGAAGUGCUUUUCUGAUGUGGGGGCAAUGCGACUAAAAAGUUUGUUAGUCUUUGUCAUCCAAGAAACCAAAAAACACCACACCAAAAGGAAAAAAAUCUGAAUUGCAAAAAAGUUAAAAUAAUUUAAGAUGUUUACUUUUAUCCGCCUUAGUCUUUGCCAUC